AUGCUUCCUUCACGCUUUUAUGGCACUGCUAACUGCAUUAAACCUAUUCCUGGUGAUGGCUCUCUUAGCAACGAUGAUUCACUAUCUGAUUCCGAUGACGAUGUUCCGCUUUCGCGCUUGCGCAACCAAACACGUAAAAAACCUAUAAUUAUUCUACCAUCCGAUUCCGAUACUUCCGAUGACGAAAUAGUUGAUCCUAGACCUAAAAAUUUGAAACAGAAGCGAGCAGUUAAGGAAAAAAUUAUCUGGACUGAAGGAAAAAUGCCAGCGUAUGAUGAAAAUAAUUUCAAUUUUAGUGGUAGCCUGGAAUUGCCAGAGUUUGCUCAAGAAUUAGAAUCACCUGCCGAAUUUUUCCAAUUUUUUUUCACAGAAGAUUUGAUAACAUUUAUUACGGAACAGUCAAAUCUGAAAUCUACUCAGGUCAAUGUUAACAAGCCAGCAAAUAUCACAACUACUGAGAUUGAGCAAUUUAUAGGUAUUGUCAUCUUCACCUCAUUAGUUCACAUGCCAUCUACACGGAUGUAUUGGUCCAACAACAUUGGUCAGCAUCAAGUCAAUUCAAUAAUGACAUGUAAUAAGUUUGAAAUGAUAAAACGUCAUCUUCAUUUCAAUAAUAAUGAAGAUUUCAAACCACCCGGUACACAAAGUCACGAUAAACUGUUUAAAAUUCGACCUCUCAUAGAAAAAUUAAGAGAGCGGUUACUUUUGAUACCCAAAGAAGAAUAUCUGGCCGUAGAUGAGCAAAUUAUACCCACGAAAGCUCGCCACCAACUCAAACAGUACAAUCCAGCCAAACCUCAUAAGUGGGGGUACAAAAAUCAAGUGUUGAGUGGCGUAUCAGGGUUCAGUUACGACUUCGAUAUUUUUGCUGGCGAUCAAAGCAACAUUUUUCCAAGUGAUGCACCAGAUCUUGGUGUCAGCUCCAACGUUGUUACACGACUCACAUCUACUGUGCCUCGAAAUGUAAACCACAAAAUAUUUUUCGAUAACUGGUUCAAUAGUAUAAAAUUGCAAGUUUACCUGUAUAAAAAUGGAUUGCUGCCAUUGGGAAUCAUUAGGAUGAACAGAGUACCUAACGCUGAUAUGCCUACAGAAAAGGACCUGAAGAAAAUAGGUCGUGGUAAUAUGGUUGAGAAAAUCGCCAUCGUCGAUGACGUAAAACUAAGGCUGGUAUCAUGGUAUGACAAUAAAGUGGAUAAUUUACUGUCUGCGUUUGUUGGUAGUGAACCGACUUCUACUAAGACUAGAUAUUUCAGAAAAGAUAAACAGUACAAGGACAUAACAUCGCCACAAUGCGUUGAUGUGUAUAACCGACACAUGGGAGGCGUUGAUUUGCUUGACUCUUUGUUAGGUCUGUAUAGGAUCAAAAUAAGAUCUCGUCAGUGGUAUAAAAAAAUAUUUUUCCACUUGGUUGAUAUGUGUGCAGUUAAUGCUUGGUUACUGUGGCGACGCAAGACUGACCAAUACAUCUCACUACUUGACUUCAAGCUAGCCAUUUCUGAACAUUAUUGCAAGGCUGGCAAAAGUAUCUCAAGAAAAAGAGGCCGUCCUAGUAUCAGUAAUCCCGGUACACCUACCUUGUCAAGAGGAAAUACUCCUACGUCAUCUAGAACGGGUACUCCUACCAGUAGAAAUGAAUCUUUCACACCUCGAAAAAGGGCACGGAAAACCCCAGCAAAAGUGCAAGACCUACCUCUAAAUUCAACUCGUCUUUCGAAAACCCCGCCACCAGCAGUAUCAGAUGAUGAGAAUACAAUGAACAUAGGCAAUGAUGAUACAAGAAAUGUUACAAAAAAGGGAGAAAAAAUCUAA